AUGCUGUUCUUGGAUGUUUACAGAAAUAUUACAGCAUACAAUUUGCACUGUUGGAGCUUAACCGCGCCUGUCCUUUAUCAUAAAUUUUAUGACAUUUUCGUGAAAUUUCCGCAUAAGAAAACAUCGGUGUUCUCACGAUCGUCCUACGUGAAACAAGAAAAAAAUAAGAAACCUUUGGUAGAACUGUCUUUAUUUAAUUCACCUGAAAAAGCGGAAAUUCAUCUUUUUUGUGAAAAAUUCAUUAUGAACAAACUUCCGGUUGCUUUAGGCAGAAUCAAUCUACAAAUGAGUUUUCUUAUAAAUCAUUCGUACAUUGUAAUAUUCAAGACAAAACAAAUUAGCUUAAUCUACUAUCAUCUUUCUACAUGUUGA